UCUGUCCACUCUGCCUGUCAAAAAAAAAAAAAAAAAAAAAAAAAAAAAAAAAAAAAAAAAGCCCCCCCCCCCCCCACUGGGUUUACUGGCAACUUAAGUGGUUCCUAUAAACAGACAUCUAAGUCUGUUGUUUUUAUAUGCUGAUCUUUGGGGAGCUUCUGUGGGCAGUUUAUGGACAAGGACUGUGUGGCUCGCCUGAGUCCCUUUCUUACGCCACCUGUCGAUAGUGGCUUCUCACAGAGGCUGCCUGUGCAGAGCAAGCAGACCUCCUAAGCCUCUUUCGCCGUCUCCCGGCUUAAGUCAGAGACGGGCAGGGAGCCGAGAACGAGGUGGCCGUGGUCCUGAAACGUAGGAAUGGCAGGGCGCUGGGCCCACCUGCAGCCUGGAGGGCCCCACGGGCGGGGCUGGCCCCAGGCACAUCCGGGGUACCCACCUCAGAACUCGGUGUGGAAGCAGCGCAAUCGGAAGCUGCUUGGGUCCGGCAGCAGUGCGUGCCGGUGCUGGUUCUCCUCGCCAGUGCCAGAAUGACAAAUCCAGAAUUACAGCCAAUAAUUUGCACUGGGUUUUCUGGCUUCAACUCCCUCCCCUGGCUGCUAGAAUUUGGGGGAGAAAAUCAGCAGGUAGGAGAUCUGUGUCCAUCUCUUUCUCUCUGCCUCUCAAAUCAACAUUUUCAAGUUUAAACCUACAAGAUACUUUGCCGGAAAUGAUGGUGGCUUUUUUUUUUUUUUUUCCAGCAACAGCAUAUUUUUUUAUUAAGAGUCUCUGCUAGUAAUUAGAAUGAAGAUAAUAUACAUUUAACUUUUACAUUUUAGAAGUUGAAAUUUUUUUCUUGAGGUUUGGUAGCUUGCAUGUUUGUGUUUGAAAUACAUUAAAUACUUAGCUUAACAGAGAUUCUAAAUAGUUCCUUUUGUUCUUAAAAGCCAACGACGUACCUUUGAAAAAUGGUAUUUUUAGAGCAUCCUAAGUAAUCUUAAGUCUGCAGGCUCCCCGGCCUGGGGGCUGCUGCUUGCAGCGACCGUUACUUGUGGUGAACCUGCUUGUUUAAAAACUACCAGUUCUGGAGUUGUGUCUGAAUGGUACGGGUCAUAGAGACACAGAAUCCAUAGGACGUAUGGAUACGCUUAUGAAAGACAAUUGGGCCGCCAUGACAACCUGAUACCGGAAGAGGCGGGUUGCGGCUCCCUGACUGAUCCCACGCCGGCACCUGCCUCGAGAUGAUUCUCGGACUCCCGGAUUUGCCCACGACCCCUAGCCCUAACUCAAACCCAGAUGAGAACUCUUUUCCUUGCCAGCUGCCCGGAGUUAUCCUCAGCCCAUCCUGUCCCACAGGCAGGCAGCCCUGGAGGUCACUGCUCGCUACUGCGGCCGGGAACUGGAGCAGUACGGCCAGUGUGUGAUGGCCAAGCCUGAGUCAUGGCAGCGAGACUGUCACCACCUUAAGAUGAGCAUCGCCCGAUGCACGUCCACCCACCCAAUCAUCCGCCAGAUCCGCCGGGCCCGUGCUGAGUCCUUCGAGGCCUUUGAGGAGUGUCUUCGCCAGAACGAGUCAGCUGCGGGCAACUGCGCAGAGCCCGUGCGCCGCUUCCUGCAGUGCACCGAGCAGGUGCAGCUGCCACAGUCGUCCACCACCGUGGAGGCAUAGCCACUUCCCGCCUCCUGAGGACUCCUUGGACGCCAGGAAAAUUGGACAUGAGUGCGUGGUCCCUCGGUGUGCCCAGUCCUACAGAGUGACCAAUUGGAGUCCUGACUUUCCUGGAUGCCAGGACUCCCAAUAAAUAAGACUGUAUACUGGGCUUUGAUUCUUGCUUUCAGCAUUGAGGGGCCUUAGGAGAGCUGACUGAGGAGAAACCCUGGUCCUCCAGUCUUCAGAUUCAGGCGCUGCACCAAGGGAUGGCCAGGGAGGUGGCAAGGUGCUCCAUCUGUUCACUGGGACUCACACAACCCUUUAUUAAAGCUGCCAGAACUACAAAAGAAAAAAAAAAAAAAGACGAUUGAUCC